AUGAAAGAGUCCACCGAAGGACACGCCGUGUUAGAGGACGUGGAGGAGGAUGCGUUCAUCGGUUUCUGCGAAUUCGCCUAUCUUGGGGCAUACAAGACCCCGCAACGCAGUGAGGAGACAUAUGACACGAACCUGGGAAACUCUACCGAAAGAGAGAGCGAUCUGGCCGAGGAACGUCGUCUACAACCCGACCCUGAACCCGAGCUCGAACCCGAGCUCGAACCCGAGCCUGAGCCUGAUGAUGUGCCAGCACAAGAAUGGGAUCCAAUGGACGGACCUGCACCAAAUGGACGUGUCCCUAUGAAUAAUUGGGACAUGUAUACAACCAGGAAAGAUUGGAUCAGCUUCCGAAGAAAGCUUGCCUACGGUAUUCCACUUCCAGAAGAGAAGGAGUCCGCGAAACACGUUACUUACGUUCAGUAUCCGUACGAUGGACUGUGGGAGCAGUUCAGAGAGCUGCGUUUUACUGGUACGGAGGCCUCACAAUCUACUAUUCCUGACCUUGUGUUCCAUGGGAAGCUUUACGUUUUCGCAACCCGUUAUCUCGUCGACUCGUUGCGGACUCAGUGCCUCAAGUCACUACACCGUGACCUCUGCAAAUUUUCACUGAAUAAGCGAAAUACCAAUCAUGUAUUUGAUUUAAUUGAGUACGCAUACCAGGAAUCCGGGAGAGGAGAGCCUGAAGGAGAGAGCACUCUAAGAAAUUUGGUGAUACAUUACGCUGCCUGUGAAGCUCGGACUCUGGCUGAGGAUCCUCGUCUUCGCGAUCUUUUGAAUCAAUUUUCUGAAAUGGGGUCUGAUAUGGUCACGAAACUUGUUAAUUAG